AUGGAUGCAAAGAAACGGUAUAAGUAUAAGAUCUCUAAUAUUUUAGAAAAUUUGUUAGAUAAAGAUGAACUAAAUAUAUCGGAGAUCGAAUUGAAUUAUUUAGUACUUCAAGGAGUUAUAAAGAAAUUAGAGGUACUUGAUAGAGAUAUAGAAAUGUUGUUAGCUGAAAAAGAUUAUGACGAAAGUGGGCUAGAAAAAGAAUAUGAAGAGGUGAUAGCUUACAAUAAGAAAUGGCUGACAAUGAAAACAAGAGUCGAGAAUGUUCUGUCUAAAACAAAAGAAGAAAGCGUUGGUUUUUCAGGAUCUGAAACAGCAAAGAAUUACAAAUUACCAGUCCUGGAGUUAAGGAAGUUUGACGGAUGUGUACGUAGUUGGUUACCCUUCUGGGGCCAGUUCCAGAAAAUAGAUGAGGAUAAACAGAUGAAUGAUGCGGAUAAAUUUCAAUACUUAGUCCAAUCUAUGAUGCCGGGAACAGAAGUAAGAUCUUUUGUUGAAAGUUUUCCUCCAAAUAAAUCAAGCUACACACAAUGCCUUUCUGAUUUGAAGCGUAGAUAUGCACGUGAGGAAUUAUUGAUUCAAGUUUAUGUGAGAGAGCUACUUACAUUAAUAAUAAAUAAAGACAAAAAUAUGAAUUUAUCAAGCCUUUAUGAUCAACUCAACUCCCAGUUGCACGCCUUAGAAACUUUGGGUGUAACACAAGAUAAAUAUGCCGCAUUUAUUCUUCCAAUGGUAGAAUCGUCUUUACCAUUAGACGUUUUGAAGGCAUGGGAAAGAAUUAAGCCAAUUGAAGUACAAGAUGAAUUGGGAAGUUUACUACUGUUCAUAAAACGAGAAGUCGAAAGCGAGCAACGAAUUAAAAUAGCGAAAAACUUUGGUAACACAUCAGAGCAAACGGUUGCAACAGAAUCGACAGCAUCAACGUUAAUGGCCGGAGUGAGCGGAUCAGAAAGGAAACCUGCAUGCAUAUGGUGCGACAAAGGUCAUGCUGGUGCAGAAUGUUAUAAAUUGUCGAAGAUGUCGUUAGAACAAAGAAAAGAGCAUCUUAAGAAGAAAAAAGCUUGUCUAAUAUGUCUAAAACCAGGGCACUACGCCAAAAUAUGUAAAGCUUUUAUUCAGUGCAUAGCUGAAAAGAGACUGUCCACGAAUACCAAACGGUUAAUGCCCUAUGGUAAGUUAAUAUUAUAA